AUGGCAUUCGUUAGACGUUUUAUUACAGUGAUACCAAAAUUGGCUAAACAUGUUCCUAUUACCGUACAGAGCAGAAACAUCAAACGUUGGGUAGCUCCCACACUGAUGGAGUUAAAGCGUCGGGAAGACAAACAAGGUGGCAAAGUAACUAACCCAAGGAACACAUUUUUGGAAUGGAAUCUAGAAGCGGAGUUAUAUGCAUUUGGGAAGCGACUGAAUGAAGAAUUCGAUUCGGAUCUUUUGCUUCAAGCAUUUACCGACCGUUCGUACGUAAUUAAAGAAGAAAUGAAACAAAAAGAAUUGGAAAUUGACCUCAAAAUGAAAGACAAUAGGGAGUUGGCUGAAGAAGGACGGAAGUUUAUGCAGGAAUAUAUUCAAUUGUAUUUGGAGACAGUAUUGCACAAACUACCAGCAGAGGGAAUUAUGUGUAUAAGAAAUCACUUGAUUAGUGAAAAAGUACUUUCAAAUGUAUCAUUUCAUUUGGGAACAAAGGAUAUAAUCUUAGCAGCAGAAUAUCCAGUCGAUAAUAGUAUUUUGGCACAAACAUUUGAGGCUCUUGUUGGAGCUCUGCUGCAAUCUUGUGGAGAGGAAAGAGCAGCACAUUUUGUCAGAGAUUUCGUCAUCACACAACUUCAAGGUCAAGAUGUAAAUGAAUUCUGGGAAAUUGAAGAUCCCUGGACCAUGCUCACCGAGAUGAUAUCAAAAACUGGCAGUGAAUUAGAACCUAGAUUGAUUGGAGAGGUUGCUAAGAAUACCCUACUUGCAUGCUACAGAGUUGGUCUUUAUUUGGACAAGAAAAUGAUGUCAUCUGGUUUUGGUGAAACAGUUGCUAUUGCAAAGGAAAUGGCGGCCAGAGAAGCACUCAAAAAGAUAUUUGGAACAGAAGAAACAAUGCAUCCCAUAAAUUUUAAGCUUAAUGGCAUACCAAAAUCAAGGUCUCAAAGUAAAAUAUCAGCAAGUUAA